UGUAUGAUUUAGACGUACUUCUCGUCGUCAACUAAUUAAUUGAAUACAUCUUCCAUUGGAGGUUUGCUGAUUCUGCUCCCUGCCAAAGAUUCUAUUUAAACUAUGAUUAAGGAACAGAACAUAACUUCGAAUCUUUUUGUUAUUACCUUGUCUGGAAAUAGAGAAAAUAAUUGGCUGGUUGACUUUCUAUGGGUUCUAGAUAAGUACCAGUUAUGUUUGAACGAUAUCGAACAGUUUGUUGCUGGUGAAAUUUGUACCACUACUAUUGUUGCAGAGUUUUCAGAAGACAAAAGUUCCCUUAUUGUGAAAGAUAUCUUGUUGUUUGGUCACGAAAACAAUGUAGAAGUUGAUUUCGAAGUCAUUAAAGCCAAACAAACUGAAAUCGUGCCCUCGAACAAUAGUGAUUCGUACGCUAUAACUUUUAGUAAAAGUGAUAAAGUCCCAGUUGGGUUUUUUGCUGAGUUGACUGGUGUCUUGGCAGCUCAUAAAGUAAACUUGGACUUUGCGGAACGGCUUUCUGAAAGCAGUGACCCUCUAGCUUGUUAUGAAAUCGUUGCAAAGUUGAAUAUUCAUAGACCCAUCUUUACAAACGAGACUAAUGAGGCGGAUUCAGUUGAUUCCUUAUCGAGUAUUCGCAGCCAAAUUUUGGCUUUAGGAAAGAAGUAUUCCGUGGAUACUGCUAUUCAACGUUCGGAUCUAUUGCAUCGAACAAAGAGACUGGUUGCUUUUGAUUUGAGUUGGACUUUGAUAUCAAAUGAUGCUUUAAAUAUUGUUAUUGAAGCUGCUGCUGCCUUAUCUGAGCCGUCAGUAGCCAAGUCACUACACACACGCUUAUUGGAAUUGCAACGAUUGCACCAAGAUGGAACAUUGGUUGGUGAUGAGUAUUAUUUAGAACGAGCACAACUUUUGAGAGGCUUUUCUGUCUCCAACAUUAUGCAAAAGAUCGAUGGUCUGCUUUCUUUUACUGAAGGAUCCGUUUCCUUGUGUCGUACCUUAACCAAAUUGGGGUAUAAGACUGCCAUUCUAUCUUCUGGUCCCCAUUUCUUAGUAGAGCAUGUUAAACGCUACUUAGGAAUGGAUUUUGCAUAUGGAAAUAUUUUUGAAACCGAUGCUAUGGGCUAUUUAACUGGCGAAAUAAGUCAUCCUAUUAUAAAUGCCAAUAGAAAAGCAGACUUGCUACAAAUGUUAACUAUGCAAGAAAGAAUAGGUUUGGAACAGGUUAUUGCGGUAGGUGAUGGUCCUGUCUCGUUAGAAAUGUUGUCACUUGCAGGAAUGGCCAUUUCAGUUGAUCAGCCGGAUGCCACAGAUUUGGAAGUUGGAGCUCAUUUAUGUGGAAAAAGCCUUAUGACAGUUCUCUAUUUAUUGGGUAUUCGAGGACGAGAUGCUUUAGAAAUGUCACGAGAGAGCUUUGUUUAAAUGUUUAGAGACACUGCAUGUUUUCUUUGU